UUUGUUUUAAAUGUGGCUAAAUGAAACAGUGUCCAGUGAAAACUUAACAAAUCAAAGAACUAUCUAGUAGGUUUUUAUUUGUUUAGGAAAUUAUUUUGCCAGUCACUUCAUUAUGGGAGGAGAACGAUUUGAAAUAAACCAGCCAGAAGCAUAUUUGUUUGGUGAAAACAUGGAUUUGAACUUUCUAGGGGGAAAGCCAACACCGUUUCCCUAUCCGGCUCCGCAAGCAUGUGAAGCCACUCGUCCACUGAGGAGUUUGAUCAAUAUUAGAAAGGAGUCGCUACGCUUUGUUAAACCACCAGAAGAUGCUGAUGAGAGAACUCGUAAAUCCACAACUUCCUAUAACAUAGAGUUUACCUUUGAUUCUGAUGUGCGCUGUGCUAUUACUAUAUAUUACUUCUGUACAGAGGAGGUAACAGCACAAGGAUAUUUCUGUAAGCCCAGAGAUCCCACAAUGAAUUCGGAAACCUACCAUUAUAAGUGUGGAGUCAAUCAGCAGUUUGUUCAGGUCUCUCACACGUUUGAUCCCUCCAAGUAUACAGAAGACGAUUUGAAUUGUAGAUUUGAAGAUGAGAUCUUUCUUCCUGUGGUAGUUCAGUGUGUUGCUGAAGAAGGUGAAGAACCUUACCAAUCUCACACAUUAAUAGCAGUUGUGGAGAAGUACUCAGACAAUACAUAUUCACUAAAACCUUUGAAGCAAAAAUUAUUUGUUGAUGGACUUUGCUAUCUGAUGCAAGAGAUCUACGGAAUUGAAAACAAAAGUGUCAACCAUUCAAAGGAAGCUAAUGAGGACGAGAUAGAGGAUAAUGGAUCAGAAUGUGUUAUUUGUAUGAGUGAUUCUCGUGACACACUCAUCCUUCCUUGCCGUCACCUAUGUUUAUGUAACAGUUGUGCCGAUUCCCUGCGUUACCAAGCCAACAACUGCCCUAUCUGUCGAUCUCCAUUUCGUGCUUUACUUCAGAUACGAGCUGUCAGAAAAGCAGUGUCAGGAAUAUCCCAGUUGGGAGGAGGAGGAGAUAAUCAGACAACGCAGGAUGUUCCUGUUGGUUAUGAACCAGUGUCUUUGCUCGAAGCUCUGAACGGCCCUUACCAGUCUUCAGCUCCACAUCCACCAUCAGUCAUUCAUCCACCUUUUCCAUUGAACACUCACAGCCCUGAUGGUUCAACAAAGUCUAGAAGUUUAGACAGGUUACAGUCUUGUAGUGCUACUUCUCUGAGAGUCCCAGGGCUGAGUUCUGGCUCCGACAAAGAAGAUUCAGGAAGUGAGCCCCCUCAACUAGACAGACCUACCACUCCUGAAGUGGUUAUCACUACAACGUCAUCACCUUCCGACAAGCUCCAUCUCAAAUCUGAUACCCUACCCCUAAGUCGUGGAGAGGCACGACGCCACAAGAAAGUGCCCAGAUCAUCAGGACCCGAAAAAAUUCGACUUCUCACAGAAUCUGUACAGAUUGUGAAUGAAAUAGGAGGAGGAAAGAGAAAAAUGACUAGUGGGGAGCUGGAAGGAAGUGAAACGAGGUCUUUGUUAGAUGGAGGGGCGUUAAGUAGAAACGUUAGUGCAGUGGGUGGAGCUGUAGUAUCUGGUGCUAAACCUUCUCAGUCAGACUGUCGAAUAAGUCCUCUUUCCAUGUCCACGCCUCACUCUCUUCAUUUGUGUGAUAAAGUUGAAAACAUUCCUGCAGGAACAGAUGUUUCCCCUAGUGGUGAUGACUCUGACUACUAUACCCCCGAGGACCCUACAACUACUAUUUUUGUUGACCAAGGAACUGAUACAAGCUUAGAUAUGAAUCAGACAGAAGAUUUGCCAUUGUCUGUUAUGCUUUCAAGUACGAAAACAGAGACAGAUGCAGGUGCUCGACAUACUGCACAUGUACCUGUAACCAGGAAUUCCAGUGAUGAAAGAGUUCACACUAUUAAAGAAGAUCCAUUGAAAGAGGUUGAAUGCGAAGAAAAGAAGAAUCCCGAAAGCGACGAGGAAGAUCGAACUGAGACUACCACGGGAAACUUGCACGUUCUUUCCUCCCCAACACGCCACCCGUUAUUGCUCCAACAAGAAACCAACUGGUCUCUUCCUGGAACUCCGGCAAGUAAUGCAAGCAACAGAAGCAGUGGAGACAGUUUCGGUAGCAAUUCUAGCACACGUCUUCUUCUUCCACAGCAGAGUUGUGACACUCUUCCAGAGUAGGUUGUUUUCAGGACAUCAAUAUUUAUUAUAUAUUACAUUACCGUACUUUUUGAUUUGCUAAUCCACAACAUAUAUACGAAACUGUGAUCCAACUAAAACCCGCUCCUUCUACUUUUUAUCGGGGCUUACAUCAUUAUAACGCUUCCUGACUACGUGUUAAUUUCAAUGCUCUUUGGCUAAUAUCAGCUUUUGUUUCAGCUGUCCAAUCUCUAAUAUCCUGUUCACAAUACUGUAAUUAUUCUAAAAGUUGUAAAUUAAUGUGUAAAAUACACACUUUAAAUGGUAGUGGAUGUAUUUGGAUGUAUUUUAUGCAAUGUGCAGUUAUUGAAGUGUUGUAUGCUUAAUUUAUUCCUAAGUGAAUUAGUUCGGUUUAAAAAAAUUCUUAUUUAAGGCCAUAUAAAGUUAAUUUGUUGGUUUAUUUAAUAAUUGAAUACAAACAAAUAAUAUCCACUGUGUGACUAUCUGUAACUAGAAGUAACUCCAAAAACUAUGGAGAAUGACUCCUCUUUAAGUCAAGUAUCAAAAAUCUAGUAGUCAUUCACAAACAAGUAUUUGGAGUAACUUUGAUGAAAACUUUUAAGAGACUGAACACAAACUAGUCUCACACACACACACACAUUUACUAUACCUACAUGUGGACUCUCCUGAUUUUAAAACACAUUUUUCUCAAACUAAACAUUUUUGGUUAUUUUUGUUAGUACACUGUGUUUUAUAUCAAACUUAUCCACUACCUUUGUGUUCCACAUACUGAAUAGUUGUGUUUUUCAUUACAUUACAUUUUUGAUUUGCUAAUCCACAACAUGUUAUUUUCACCAAACUGUGGUCCUACUCUAGUAAUUCUUGUAAUUUGUCUUCUUUAUGCCUCAGUUUGUAAGAUAAUAUUUAGAAUAAAUAACAGUUAGGUCAGAAGUAAGAGUUACGACACACAAAAACAUCUGUCUUUACUGAAUUGUCUAUCAAUGACUAUUAAUUUCUGUGACUUCAGAAAGCGUGCGUACUUUAGUAUGAUACGGCGUUUACAAUAAGUGCAACGUUUUAUGUAAUCUGACCACAACAGAAAGAUGGUGAACAUAUGGUGUUAUACUUUUAAUCACGUGUAUAUAACAAAUGGCUGAGAUAAACUUCUAAAACCAUCUGUGCAAGUAUCGUAGCCGUGUUUAUCACAUGGAAAUAUAUGUCGUGGAUGACAUAUGUGUAUUAAUUCUACAAAUUACUGGUACUGAGUGGAAGAUUUGUUUUUACCAAGUUCCAACGUCCAGAUGGGAGUAGAAUUGGUAAAUAAAACAUGGAAGUUAUUUUUCCUUCUUGGCUGUAUGUUAUAUACUUAAUAUAACAUUACAUAUAUUCGGCUGUCUUUAUUUACAUUUGGUGUAACAUGUAUACAUUAAGUUGUAGAUCUUGUAAGAGUUUAGUAAUUAUUUAUGUAAAAAUAUAUAUAUAUACACAAAAUGAUAGGUUAGUUAUAGUUAAUCUUAACAAUAUUAUGUGUUUAUGAAAUAUUAUUUACAGUGUUAUAUCAGUUUUGUUGCUAAAAUUAUAAUUGUCACCUAUCUUUUUUUUCUGAUUUUUAUCAUUGUUUACAUCAUUACAAAGCUUCUGGGCCAAACAUGGCCUUGUGGUUAUCAUGCUAUACUAUGGACUCUCUGCACUUUAGGGCUUUAGAUGCAUUAUAAGGGUACAGUCAAAUCCCACUGUUUGGUCAGACAAGAGUAGCUCAGGAGGUGACAGUGGCUAGGCUGCUUCACCCGUAGCGUAAUCAGAGAUGGCUGGCUUCGAUAGCCUUUGAGUAGCUUUUCACAAAUAUCUGAAACAAACAAAUACAAUGUUUCGAGGAAACUUAUUCACGUGCCAUCCUAAAACUAUAAUUUGAGAAUGAUAAGAAUUAGUAACACUUGUAAAUAAAAAAUAUUCUAAUGACACAGUUAAUAAACUUGUUAAUAUUUUAUUAAAAACUAUCAUGUCUACACCCCCAUAAAUACUAGUGCUGUAGUGGUGGGUGGGUGGGUCUUCACUAAAAAUCUGGGUCCAGUAUCUACAAAAAUAACAAGCAGUGGCAUACAUAAGGAAGAUUUUUUUUUAUUUUUUGCUUCCUGGAUUUGAAAUUAUUUUGUAGACAAAAUGUUUUGUUGAAUGUUUACGUGAUAAUGGGUGUUAAUUCAUGUUAGGUUGUUUAACGCUUGUAAUCAGGUUUAGAGUAGAGUUUAUUAUGUGUACUGUCCGGGUUUACUGGGUUCAAACGGUAAUAUGUUAAAUAAUUAUUUAUAUAGUUAUGUUAAUUGUUUUAGGAGUUUUUUUCUUAUGUGUUUAUAAACCGUGGUUUUAUUUGUAUUUUGUGUUUCUCAUGUUUUACACAUCCUAACAGCAGUUAAUAACUUGCACAUUUUAUAAAAAAAUUUUUCCAAAGACAACUAACAUAGCAAAGUCAAGUUUUAUUCAGUUUAACUAUAAGAAAACAAAGUUUAACUUAUGUUAAAACUAAAACAUUAACAGGUAAUUACGACUUAGACUAUUUAUUUUUGUCUUUUGACUUUGGGUUAGAUCCCGAGAUUAAAAAAAAAGAAGUCUUCCGAAAAUAGGAUUAUAUUUCUGAAAGGUUUUUUUUUUGUAUCCUGUAGUUGAACUUCAGUGUAA